AUGAUCAUUCUAUCCGCCGUCCUCUUCCUUAUCAUCGCUGCCUUGAUCGUCGUCAGCAGCAUCCUCGGCACCAAAAUCGCCAAACUCGAAAACACCAUCUCACCCCUAGCCGUCGCAGUCGCAGAAUCAGCAGCCAACGGCACCACCACCAACAAUAAUAACAACAACAACAACAACAACAAUCCCUACACCACCACCACCUCCUCCCCCGUCAACAACCUCAACCCCUCCCAAACCUCCUCCACCACCACCUCCAGCACCGCGCCCCCACCCGCCCCCCUCCCCCCCACCAUCCAAGUCGCCGGCUGGACCUACCUGGGCUGCUUCUACGACUCGGAGCGAGGGGGGCAAGCGGCCGCGGCACUUUGGCACGCAGGUGGCGGUGCAGUGCUACUGCGGGACGGCGACGCAGGCGGUGCUGGCGAGCCGGCGCGCGCCCGAUUGGAUGUGCAUGCACCAGUGUGCGGGCCGGUGGGGGAUGUCGGAGAAUUGUGGCGGGAAUUGGGUGCUGAGUUUGUGGAAAGGGAUGAGGAUUGA